GUUUCUUUCUUUUCGCUAAAGUGCGUUCACGAAGACGUGUUGCGACUUCGGAUUUAGUCUGCAAAUAAAGAUCGAUUCCAAGAUGACCACUGCAACCAUUCGUACCCGUCGCUACAUGAGCAAUCGGCUGCUGUGCCGCAAGCAAAUGAUCUGCGAUGUAUUGCAUCCCGGACUUGCUUCGGUUCCGAAAAAGGAAAUCCGUGAUAAGCUUGCCGUCAUGUACAAAACCACCGCAGAUGUAGUGUUUGUGUUUGGUUUCCGCACGAAUUUCGGAGGUGGCAAGUCCACUGGAUUCGCCCUGAUCUACGACACGCUUGACCAUGCGAAGAAGUUCGAACCCAAGCACCGUCUCGGUCGUCACGGACUAUACGAGAAGAAGAAGAUGACUCGUAAGCAGCGCAAGGAACGCAAGAACCGUAUGAAGAAGGUGCGCGGCACCAAGAAGGCGAAGGUCGGACAGGCCACCAAGAAGUAAAACCCUGGCUAGCUGCGGUCUGCCCGUCGCCUGUGCCGUGGUGGUCGUCGUUCAGUCCGUGUUUUAAGUUUAUAUGUUUUCUCUUGUGCGGAAAAAUGGAAAACAUUCCGCAAAAGGAAUGAGAAUAUAAGCAACAGUACCAUAUAAGGAGAAAACGUA